AUGAAGGGCGACGGAGAAAUCUCGCCCACGACCUCGGACGGGAAGUCCAAUGGCAAGGAUGACUAUCCCCCGAGCUAUGAGCAUGCGGAGAAGCCCAAGGAGGACUAUCAGCGGCCUGACGUGGAGCAUAUGGGACGCGACCACCUGAAUGCUGUCUUUGAGAAUCCUCUAGCCGGUAUUCCUCGCGAGCAGCUCUUGAGAAAUGUCGAGGAGUUUUGCAAGAAGUACCAGCUCGAGGAGUAUCGGGAGACUUUCGUAAAGGGCGCCCUGAUUUCGCAGGACCCGGCCAAUGCGACCAACCUGCCGGAACUGACGGACGAGGAGAGGGAGGCUCUCAUCCGGGAGCAUACCCAUAAGUGGUCGCAGCCCUGGAAGCUGUAUUGGCUCGCAGCCAUGUGUUCACUUGCAGCUGCUGUACAGGGUAUGGACGAGACGGUCAACAACGGCGCGCAGACCAAAUACGCCGCGCACCUGGGCAUCAAAAACAGGCCGCUCAUUCUUGGCCUUGUCGUGAGCGCGCCCUAUUUGGCUUGUGCGGUUCUCGGCUCCUGGCUUACCGAACCUCUUAAUCGAUAUUUUGCCCGUCGAGGAACAAUUUUUAUCUCCUGUGUCAUUGCCGCUAUAGCCUCAAUCUGGGAGGGUGUCGCUAACUCCUGGGCCAAUCUCUUCGUUGCUCGUUUUGUGCUUGGCCUAGGAAUUGGAUCCAAGUCAACGACUGUCCCGGUGUAUGCAGCGGAAUGCUCUCCUGCUCCGAUUCGAGGUGCUCUCGUGAUGAUGUGGCAGAUGUGGACUGCUUUUGGCAUUAUGUUGGGGAACAUCAUGGGAGUGGCAUUUGGAGGACUGGCCCCCGACCUUGGCUGGCGUCUAAUGCUUGGCUCUACUGUGGUGCUACCAAUUAUUGUCUGUGCUCAAGUGUAUUACUGUCCUGAGUCUCCGCGUUGGCUCAUCCAGCAGGACAAAGUCAACAAGGCCUUCAAGUCGUUCCGAACCCUGCGCCCCACAGAUUUACAGGCCGCCAGAGACCUUUAUUAUGCCUACGUGGGCGUUGAGCUUGAGCGGGAGAUCAACAAGGGCAAGAAUUUCUUCUCGAUGUUCUUUGAGCUCUUUACAAUUCCGCGCAACCGCCGUGCGGCCUUGGCUAGCUGGAUUGUGAUGUUUAUGCAGCAGUUCUGCGGUGUGAACAUCAUUGCUUACUAUUCCACCACUAUCUUCCAGAAAUCCGGAUACAGCGAUACCUCUGCCCUCCUUGCAUCCAUGGGAACGGGUAUCCUUAACUGGGUCUUCGCGCUGCCUGCCUUCUUCACGAUCGAUACAUGGGGGCGACGAAAUCUGUUGCUUUUCACCUUCCCCUUCCUUGCAAUCUGUCUCUUGUGGACCGGCUUCUCCUUCUUCAUCGAGCCAGACGACAAAUUCAGCCACAAACGGGUUGCGAUGGUCACCACAGGCAUGUAUCUAUUCGAGGUGUUCUACUCGCCUGGUGAAGGUCCAGUGCCAUUCACCUAUUCAGCCGAGGCUUUUCCUUUGCAUGUUCGAGAGGUCGGUAUGUCAUGGGCGACCGCCACGACGUGGUGUUUCAACUUUAUCAUAUCCCUCUCGUGGCCUGCCAUGUCAGCCUCUUUCGGAUCGACAGGCAGCUUCGGGUGGUAUGCAGCCUGGUGCGUCAUUGGCUGGUUCCUGGUCCUGCUUUUCGUUCCUGAGACCAAGGCUCUAACUCUGGAGGAAUUGGACCAGGUCUUCUCGGUUUCCACCAGGAAACACGCCUCAUACCAGAUCAAGAAUGCCUGGUGGCACUUCCGUGUCUGGGUACUUCGCCAGAAAUUGGAGCCUCUACCCAGCUUCUACAGGGGCUCUGAGCGCAUGGCCGAAGUGGGCGAUGCAGCAUCGGAGAAGUACUGA